AUGCCUGUCACGCUCAGUUCACACCACAGAUGGCACGUGCCUGACCAACACAUGCCGAACAUUGCGACUUUUGCAGAUGCCACAAUCAACGACGGGCCAACGCUGGUGCAGCGCUCAGCUGAGUCCUCGCCCACGUCGACUUGCAAGGCUGGAGACAACACGGGAACGUGCCAGAAGCCGACGACUGCUGGCAACACAACCAGCAUCAUCAUCGGUGUGGCCGUAGCACGCGUCAAGCGCAAGCACGCACAGGAAGACCGUGACGACAAGUACAAGUCGCUCGACUUUGGCCUAGACAAUGUGCCGGCCGGCGGUAGAGGGCGCAAGGGCGUGCCCGAGAUGACCGUCACCGACAUGGAGAAGUCGAUGAAGCACGCCAUGCACACCAAGGGACUCUCGCUCGACAUGAUGAACACGCCAUACCUGAUGCCUGCUGCCGUCAACAGCUCGUCCUCAUCGCUGCACACGAUAUCUCGCUCAAUCACAGACGGCGAAGACCCCUACCGUCCUGUGACCAUGAUCAGCACCCACUCCAACUCGAUCCCCGACCGCACCUCUUCACGUCCCAAGCCUGGCAAUGCUUCUGUCUACACCGACAUCAGCGAGCGCUCUGACAACCUCAAUGCCGGACUUUUGUCCAACGCUCAACGCAUGUCUGUUUCCAACCCCUUCAUGGACCAGUCUCCUGAACGCACCCACUCACCAGCCUACCCGGCCGCUGCUCCCGCUCCUCCACCGCCGGCCCACGUGAACACUUCAUUCUCCAACUCUGCUACUCCUCGUAACAAGCCUGCUCCGCCAAAGCUCGCCAUGCCCGAUCCCGAUGUCUUCCACGUCACUCCACCUUCGCCGCCAGAACACCAGCGUGCUCCUGCUCCCCUUGCUCACCAACAAGAUGCCGCUGCUGCUCGUUAUCCUGCCGACGACUAUGCUCAAGACGCUCUGCACGCUGCCGCUCCUGAUGCACGUCGUGUAUCUGUCAUGGGACUUCGUCCUCUUCCUCCGGAUCAUCCUGACGACAAUCCUGAACAGCGUGCCAACCGUAUCCGCUCCUUUUACAAGGAAUACUUCGACGACAGCAGACCCAACCCUGAAGGACAGUACCAGAACGAGUAUGAGGCCGACAUCUACGCCGACUACACUGCCUACAUGCACGAAGCUCCCCAAGCUCCAUUCGCCCAGCCCAUGGCCCGCCGUGCCAUGACNCCNCCUCCCCGUGUGGGUGGAGGCCGCGUCCGUAGCAACACAUCUUUUGGUUCAACCGGCCACAUCGCCAACCCUGCUUUCCGCCGUCCUGCUCAGCAACCCAAGAAGAAGCUGCCCCCACCUAUUGCUCUGCACGCCCUGCCCACUCCUUCUGCUCUGACCGACGACAUGACUUUCACCCCCACCCUCUUUGCUCCUCCCGUCUCCUACCGUGAUCGUCAAGCCGGUCGCACACCAGACAGCCCCUCAAGACCUUACAGCCCUUCAGUCCGCGCUUUCACACCUCUGGCAACGAGCUUUGACGAUCUUGCCNNACACGCUCUCCGCAAAUCUUCGACCUUCACUGCUCUAGACUUUGCUCCCCCACCACGCUUCCGUAACGAAGGUACCGCAAGUGAUGCUGGCAGUAUCCGCAGCAAUCGCAGUGGCAUCUCCAAUGUCCAGCAGAACGCCAUUCGUGCCGGUGCUUACCGCGUCAGCCGUCUGCCCAACGACAUGGUUGGCACACAAAGCGAUCUUAACGCAGCCCUCAAGCCCACCUGGGACAUGAGCCGCUAA